AUGUACGUUUGGUUUGAUGCUCUGAUCAACUAUCUGACCUGUAUUGGGUAUCCUGCUCAGAUACCGCACGGGCCAUCGUUUGUGCAUCUGGUUGGAAAGGAGAUCGUCAAGUUCCACUGUAUCCACUGGCCAAGCUUUUUGAUGGCCUGCGAGCUUCCACUCCCGCGCGGUGUAAUUGUUCACGGCCAUUGGCUCAUGGGUGGGCGCAAGAUGAGCAAGAGCCGGGGCAAUGUUGCCGAUCCGGUCGAAAUCUGUGAAAAAUACGAUACUGACGCACUACGUCUAUUUAUGAUGCGCUAUUCUGUGCUGGACUCAGACUGCGACUAUUCUGAAAGCAAGCUGAACGCGACGAGAAACGAGUUCAUCGACAAGUUCUGCAACCUGCUCACGCGGUCUCUGUCCAAGAAGUUCAGUAUUUCUCGGGCUCUCGCAAAGGUUGAGACUCGCGGGGUUUCGAGCCUGCUUGACGAAGCUGGGGAGGAAUACGCAGCUGACUUGCGGUCGCUUUAUGAGCAGGUGGACGAGCUGCCGGGGAUUAUCGAUCCGCAUUUGAGGAAAAUGGAGCUGCACAAGGCGGUCCUAGCUAUCUGGCAAUUGCUUCCUCGAAUUAAUGGACUAUUCGACAAAUACGAGCCAUGGAGACUAAAAGGGCCUGAAAACGAGCUCAAACAGGACCUUGUGAUCUUUAGUGCACUCGACUCACUGCGCUGUUUGCUGAUCCUACAUGGCCGGCAUUGCAAGAGACACUAG